CAAGCAACAAGCAUACAAAAUGGCGGUCUUCUUCGGAGCUCUGGACUGGCAUUCAGGCGAAGCUGAAAUGCAACGGAAAUUGCAGGUUCAUGGAUUGGACAACCCUACGGUGCCUCAACUUUCGCCUCAACUGGCAAAUCAUCUCCAAAUAGCUCCAACAAUCUCUCUUGGCACCAUUGAUGCUGAUGGACGACCGUGGACGACACUUUUGGGCGGGGAGAAGCCUCUUUCGCAACCGCUCGGCAACGGCAUCAUUGGCAUCAAAUCAGCUGUGACUGGCAAGCAUGAUCCGGUUGUUGAGCUGCUUGUCGGCAAGGAAGCCACUGGCCAAGUCGUUCGUGAAGAAGGCAAGGGCAGAAUGAUCAGUGGCCUUACAAUCGACCUCGACACUCGGAAACGGGUCAAGUUAUAUGGCCGGAUGGUCGCUGGCGCUCUCAGUACGAGAGAUGAUGAAGUCACCGGUCAACAAGAAUCUACCGUCGAGAUGCAAAUCGUGCUCAAAAUUGAGCAGAGCUUGGGAAAUUGUCCCAAGUAUCUCAACAAGCGUAAAAUUCAGCCUGCUGUUGCAAAGCCGGAGUUGGUCUCUGAUUCAGCUCAAUUGCCGCAGCAGGCGUUAGACUUGUUGGCGAAGGCUGAUUUAUUCUUCGUAUCGAGUGCAAACAAGGAGGAGGAUAUGGAUACGAAUCACCGUGGAGGCCCUGCUGGCUUUCUUCGUGUGGGUUCGAAUGAAGCAUCCGGAGCCGUCUUAGCUUGGCCCGAGUAUUCUGGUAAUCGACUCUAUCAGACUCUCGGAAAUCUGGCUGUAAAUCCAAAGGCAGGCAUCUGUGUACCCGACUUCGACACUGGCGAUUGUUUGUACAUCACAGGCGCAACCGAGAUACUCAUAGGAGCAGACGCUGCUGCACUAUUGCCGCGAUCAAAUCUCUGCGUCAAACUUACUGUCACAUCCGCUCGUUUCGUUGCACAAGCUCUUCCAUUCCGCGGCAUCGCUGGCGAGAAAUCCCCUUACAACCCUCAAAUCCGAUACCUAUCUACCGAGAAACAAGCUUCAAUAUCACAAGACGAACAGCUUCAGCAAGCGACAUUACUCAGCCAAACGAAGCUUACACCAACAAUUUCACGCUUUAAAUUCAGCCUUCAAGACGCAGCAACCUACAAACCUGGACAAUAUGUGACUCUGGAUCUCUCUUCGCAUCUCGAUAUCGGCUACCAACACAUGAGAGACGAUGAUCCACGUAGUCUCAACGACGACUUCGUCCGUACUUUCACCGUCAGCAGCCCACCAGGCAAUCCACCAGAUCCUGUAAGAAAGCUUAAAGAUGACGAAUUUGAAAUCACGAUUCGGAAGGUCGGAGCUGUGACUGAGUUCCUCUCCAAACAUCGAGGCUCUGAUCAGCGUCAAAGUUUGGAAGUGGGUGUGAAAGGCUUCGGCGGUGAAUUUGAAGUGCAGCAAAAUGCUACAGAGAGUAUCGCUUUCGUUGCUGCUGGGGUUGGAAUCACUCCGAUAUUACCUUCUCUUUCGAGGCUGGACUUUUCAAGGUUGAAACUUUUCUGGUCUGUAAGAGCCGAGGAUCUUCCUUUGGUUGCUGAUGUUGUCGAACAGCAUCCAAAGGUUACCGAAAGCCUGGUCUUGUUUGUCACGAAUGCGAAGGAGGAUGAUGAAAAUGUGACGCUACUGAAAGGGAAGAGCGUUAAUGUAAACUUGCGAAGGAUUGAGCAAAGCGAUGUACAGCUGGGGAACGAAGUGACAAGAUAUUAUCUUUGCACGAGUGUUCCGAUGAGACAGCGUUUGACGGAGUGGCUACCUGGCAAAGAGCUUGUUUUCGAGGACUUCAAUUUCUAG